GUCAUGGGCCCAGUUCUUGUAUGUCCUGGAACAUAGCCCAUAUUCUGUGUUUACAUGGGUGAAGUAGCUAAAUUAGGUCAUCUUUUUUUCUCCGCUGUCUUUCAUAUUGAACGUUUUUUUUUUCUCCAAAUGACGCGUCGUUUCAACAAAAGGUUAUUUUGGAUAAAUAGUAGUUAGUUAGCAAUACAACUUGUUAGCAACUGCUUAGUUAUAGUAGCUAGUAGUAAGCUCGUAGAUUUAGCACAAGCAGGAAUGGCUAGUUAGUUAGCUUCGUCGAUAUGCAUAAAAGAAGCUAGGCAAUUUUGCUAGUUGUAGUUGAGUUUUUUUAAUUUUAUUUUUUAUUCUAGUCAACUAGCGAGAAAACAUUCAAAACGGAUACUAACAAAUUGAUUGCCUUGCUCAAGUAUGGGGAUGUGCUUGUCGUGCCUUGGUGGAGCUGGAGACGACGUGGUACCGACACCAGACCCAGAGACGAGGAGAUGUCAGCUAGCAGAGGCAGCUGAGAAGAGACAGAAAGAGACAACCUACAGGGGUGUCAAAAACCCAGAAGCAGUUGAGAGAAAGAAAAAGAAACAGGAGGAGAUGAACAAACAAGAGAUGACCACGUCUCCGUCUGGAGGAGGGCUGAAGUGGCAGGUGGGCUAAAGAUCGACAGACAUGGAGAGAUUUAUGAAAGUCUCAAUCUACACUGAGGUUCAGUCAACAACAUGAAGAGUAUUGGUACCAGUUGACUUGAAAAUGCCUUUUUGGCUGUCUGUCCUUCUAAAAAUGUUUUUUAUUUUAAAUACAAGCUUUUUCAGAGGCAGUAGGAUAGUUUGCCAUGCUUCGCCUUGGUAUAAAGAAAGGUUCUGCUGCUCGAUGUUGGCCGUGUGCACCGCAGUACAUGCCUCCCCUAAUGCCAAGAUGUACAAGAGAUAUGGAUCUUUGGAACGGACAGGGUGACUAUGACACAGCUAUGAGUAGCAUACAGUAUACACGCUCACAGUACAUCUAUAAACUGUACCAGGCGUCUUGCCACUCUCUUUCUCUGCUCUUUCCCCCUUUCACUCUCUCUCUCUCCAUCUAGUAGUCCUCUGCCCUCUCUCACCCCUUCUCUUGCCCUCUCUCUCACCCCUUCUCUUGCCCUCUCUCUCACCC